AAAAGGUUACAACAUAUCGUUCUAAAUGACGGAUUGUGAUGCUACAGAGAUGCCCAAGCCUACAAAUCAUAGCUGCGUCUCUUCCUGCCUCAUCCAACAUGCUUCGUCUGCUGCUCUACGUGACUGCGGUCCUCCAUUUUAGUACAUUUGGCUCCACGCAGGUUUGCCUGGGAGAAUCUGAGUGCGCCCUGUGCACUGUGACCGGCCCCACCGUCAUCACUGUCCAAGGCCAGGCUCACUCUGUCCAAGAUCGCUGUGUGUACACUCUGAUAAAGACCUCAUCAAUCCCAGAUGUCAAGGUUAAGGCGACAUUCAAGGAACGACGGCGUCAAGAUCACCACUUUUUGGACAGUGUGAUCCUGUCUCUGGAGGGGGAAUCAAGUGGUACAAUCAGCCUGGAACAAGGCGGGAGAGUUAAGGUGGACGACACAGAAGAGACACUCACCUCCACGGAGAAGGAUUUUCACGGUGUGACUCUCUUCAAGACCGAGGCUGGAGUGACGGCAAAGAUAAUCAAAACUACCUACUCCAUGAUCGUCUUCUUUGAUGGCUACACUGCACAGAUAUACAUUAAAGGACCGACUGGACAAGCUCCAGCUGUGGAGGGUUUAUGUGGCAACUCCGAUGGGGAGUUAAGUAAUGAGAAGCUCGAUGAUGACAGUGAGGAUGGCUGUGAGACGCCACACACUGACACCACUGCCAAACCAGACAACUGCGACGAAAUGACUACACACUGUAACCUCCUGACGCAGGAAUCCUUCACAGCUUGUCAUGACAACGUCGCAACAGGGCCCUACGUAACUGCCUGCACAAACACUUUGUGCCAUUAUCCUGCUGGGGACGGACUCAAGUGUCAGUUCCUGGAGGCCUAUGCCAGAGCCUGCAGCCUGUACACCGAUGACAACAUUGAAAGCUGGAGGUCAAACGCCGCCUGCUCUCAAGGACCUCAGGCCUACUGUCAGGACCAGUACUGCAGUCCUGAUGAAUUCUGCGGCGAUAAGAGCAGUGGUGAUGGAACCCGGUGCCACUGUCGGGCCAUAUUUGCCUCCCCAUACAGAACUGAAGACACUUUGGGUGACCCAGCAGUCUGUGAUGGGAGCUCUCAGUCAAUUACUCUGGUUGGUUGUCUCCUGGAGGACAAAGACAUCAGCUACACUGACUUACACCUCUAUGACAAAACCUGCAGAGCUGAAAAGGACGACACGACCCACCUGGUGACUAUAAGCUUCGACUCUAGCACCAACCCCUGUGGGACGAUGAUCAGGAUGAACAGUGACGACGAAGUUAUCAACAAGAACGCCGUCAAGCUGGAGACCACUAACAAGGAAUUGGUUGACUUCACCUGCCCCUUUGUUAUUCCAGAUAUUAACAUCGAUUUCUCAGUCAACAUCAAAGUCAAAAGUGGUACCAGCGGCAGCCCUUCAGUGGCGUAUGUUACAACUGGAAUUUGGCACUACAUUCUGACCAUGAAGGCCUACACCGAUGCCCAACGCACACAGGAAGUGACUGGGGACACCAAGCUCAAACUGAACCAGAGGGUCUGGUUCGCGCUGGUGGCAAACGGCCUGGAUGAUAAAGUUGCUUUGGUGAUACAGUCCUGCUUUGCAACCCACGAAGAUUCAGCUGAUGCAGAUCAGAAAUAUCACCUCAUCUCGGAUCGCUGUCCGAAUACUGAUGACAAAACUGUGGAAGUGGAGAGUAACGGACAGGGAACAUCCGACUUCUUCUCCUUCAGCAUGUUCCAGUUUUUUGGGGAAAAAAGAGACGUCUACCUGCACUGCAGAACAAACCUGUGUAUCAAAAGCAAGGAGGUCUGCGUCUUGAACUGCAACCAGACCAAUAGGAGACGCAGAUCUGCCAAGUCUAAACUCAAAAAUCAUACCUCAACCAUCGUCACCAUGGCCUGGGGUUCUUAGAUCAGCAGUACUCAUGGAGAAAAGCUAUCCUUUCAGACGGACAGACGGAUCUGAAUCGCCUGUUUCCCCUCAAAACCAAGAAUUUGACUUUUAAUCUCACUUUAACUUUAAGGGUUCAGUUUUUCCUCAAAACCAAACCUAAGGGCUUAUUUUUAUUGCUAAAACAAUCAGUCAAUUAACUGAUGAGCUGGAUGUCAGAAAGAAAAUCUGCAGCAAGUUUGAUGAUCGAUUAGUCAUUUUAAAGGUAUACUCUGCAGGAUCAUCCUCAAAACACACGGUAUUAACUCAUACAAAAGUAAUUCCUCCCAAAGAAGCAGCACGUGUCCAAGUGGAAGCUACAAAAAAUGUUGUUUAUCACUGUAAACUGAACAUUUUGGGGUUUUUGCUCUGUUGGUCAGAGGAAACAAGACGUGUGAAGAUGUCACCUUGAGGUCUGGAAAACUGUGACAGACACUUUCACUGUUGUCUGACAUUUUAUAGAUGAAACGUUAAAGAAAAUCAUCAUCAGUUGCUUAAUUAGGGAGUUUUUUCUGAUCUGCCUGAACUAUAAUGCCAAUAACCACAUAAAAACAUCCUGUGUGCUAAAGUGUUAACACCCUCAGACAGAGCUUUAUACAUACAGAUGAUCCGGUAUGUAUGACAUUGUCACAUACAAUAUUUCGACAAAAACAACAACAAAAAACAUUCAUUUCCCCAUACGCACAAGGAUCCAUAUGGCACAAUAAAAUAAAAUAAUCUCAGACAGCAAACAUUAAAAUACACCAGAAUGAAACAGAUGCAAAACGCUUGAAAAUAACAAGAAUCAACACAAUAAAGGUCUGAAAUUAACCCUCAGUGGACGUCAAAUGAAUUAAACUGACCUUUGUGGAGGGAAACAUUGUUAAAGUCACCAGUGUUACCAGCAGGUGUUGCAGUGGAGGGCAAACAUGUCACUUCUCUGAUGACGAGGAUACCACCACUUUCCUUCCUUCAGGUUAUUUUUUAUAAAGAGUCUGAAACUUGCUGCAGAAAGAUCCAUUUGCUGCUUUAUAUCCUUCCAUGGUGGUGCACUGAUCUACACUCCAACAUCUAUUCUGAUAAACAAGUUGGGCUGUUCCCAAAUCUGAAUUUUCCAGUUUUCCUGUUUGGUACGAAUUGAAUUUCUAGCUAGUCAGGGAGAAGUAAAUCCACUUUUUUCUUAUCUGUGGAUGUUUUUGUUUAAAAAAAUACUCAACAUUAUUAUAGGUGUGGUUUCAUCAAUAUGCCUUUCCAUGAACUAUCAUAAAUAUCUACAUUAUAUCCUCAAGAGACCUGGACUUGGAACUUUUGGUAUGUAUUUUAAUUUCUCCUAGCUAUUUGGGAUCAGUAGGAUCUGAUAGCUAUAAAAAACUACACUUUGUAAACGAUAAUAAAGUCCCAAUGUCUUCAAACGAGAUGAUAACGAAGUCCAAAUGUCUUCAAACGCAUACCUCCUAAUUACCAGCGUCUUAGCUUGUUACUGCUGCUAAAAUUGGACAAAUUUGUUGCCGUAUCAAACUGCAAACAUUAUUAAUCAUAAAUAAACAAGUUUCAACCAUUAAAUGUGAUGUGUGUGUGUGUUUGUGUUGAGAUUGGCUGCAGACUGACUUGGCAGAGAUGGCGGCCAUCUUGUUCGUAUGUGGAUAAGUGUAUUGUGGCCUUACUACCACUAGAUGGCACAAAAAAGUGUCCACAAACGAGGAUGACAGGUCUAAGUAGAGCAGAAUGAAGUAUAAGGUGCAGGAAACCAAAGAUGCGACGUUCUCAUAUGAGGACACAGGGUCUCAGGAGGAUAUAAGGCCUAAACCACCCAGAUAUAUGACAGUCCACAUUAGACGUGAAGGUCAUUUCGAGAAAAAUUUAAAAAAAAACUAGAAAGCUUACAGCCUGACAAAAAUGAAUCAGCUGCUGAGAAACUUUGCAUUUAUUAACCACUUCAUCAGAAACAGAAUGAGCAGGUGGAGGAUGUGACAAGCUAGAUUUCAAGUUGAUGAGUUGUUGCAUUACAAAAAAUUUCUAAUUAUCUAAUGUCCAGUAUGACAAUUAAAUAUCACCCUUGUAAUCAACUUUAUUUUACCACACAUCUGUUAAGAAAUAAAACAAAAACUAAAGGUGACUAAAGGUUGACUGAGAUGGAUUUUCUCUCUGUAGCAAGUUUCAAGUCUUCGCUAGUUGAUUUUCAGAGAAACCUAUGACUAUCUGGAAGGAAGAGAAUCUAAAGACAUGGUGGAUGAUCUGGAAAAUGAUCAGCAGCGAUGUCAAGUGUGUGAUUUCAAGUUAAUGGGCCAAAACAUGCAAAAGCAGCAGUACAGGUCUUGCAAGUAUAACAAUAAAGUUUUAUUCUGGUGCAAAGAAGCAAAAUCAUAAAAAUCUUACAUAUCGGUAAUGUUGUGUUUUUUAAUCUCCUGCCACGGUUAAAUUUCAGAUUAAUUUCAGACCCUAAAUACAAUCAGAGCUGAGCGGCUCGUCGCUGUGGAUUCAUGUGGCUCUGAUCACGGACAGGACAGUCGUCUGACCAGUAUCUCUGUUUUACAGGCUUUCACACCAAAAGUGCAAGUUUGACCUUGCGUAGAGCAAAGUCAUUAUUUCCAAUGGAGAGAGCGGCUGCACCAGCCAUAGUGGCACACCGAAGUCUUAUUGACAUGAGGCAGAAGUUAUGAUGGAGAUAAUCUCACUGCUGGAAUUCAGAGCACAAAAUUAAAUUUUCCACCAGUUUUGUAAAUUUCAUUCCACUCUCCUCACCAGGAGACAAACAAUCUGAGAGAAUGAGGAUACCAGUUAAGAAGAUUUCUAUUCUGAUUGUUUUACAAAGCAUUAGUUACAUAUCCAUCCAAAUUAAGUGCAAAUUUUCAGAAAAACUGCAAAGGAAAUGUGUUUCCACCUGCUACCAUUAUUGUUGGAAUUAGGAAUUGGUGCAAUAAGGUAAGCGAUGGUACAGUUGGUGGUGUUAAUUCUCCAGUCAGGUGCCUUUAAACCAUUGCAGAAGAAGAGGAAAGCUGAUGUUAUGAACGUACUUCCAGUCAAACCACAAAUGGUGGAAAAAAACACACAUAUAAAACAUGCAAAUAUGACAUUUAUGUUUCAUACAUUAAAGGGUAACUUCUUUGGUAUUUUUCAGCCUGGACCAUAUUUUCUCAUGUUUUUAUGUUUUAGUGUCUGAUGGACACAACAGUUUUUAAAAUCUGUCUAGUAAUGAGCGAGAGGGCUGCAGCCAGCAGCCGCCUGACAAGCCCCGAAGUCGUCGAAAUCCGGCGCUUGGGCAGUGACUUGCGGUGUCAGAAACCAACGAAAUAAGGGGUCCUUUAACGUCGGCAUGAUACAAGGCCAGUUGCCGUUAUAGUUUAACUCCACCCAGCAGCGUCAGGGGGAGAGGAGGCAGGACAAGGACGAAAGUUAAGUGGUGAAAGUCCAAUUGGGGCGGGUCGGUCCAACAAACUUUUUGGACUUUUACCCGAGAGAGUGGUGUUUUCGCCACCUGUAAGAUUCUAAAGCCAAUCACUGUUCUCUUUUCCUAAACCUAACCACGUGCGUUUGUUGUUGAAGGAAAAAAAAAAAAAAACGUCAAUUUGUAGUGUUGUACCGAUGUAGUGCAUGUAUUUUGAAAGAGACUGUAUGUAAACUUUAAAUUUCCUGCAAAAACGGAAGUGUAUAUUGAAAGAAGGCAACUUGACACGGCGUCCCAGAGCGUCAACAACCAACGCACCCAGGGUACCUUGCACAUCGUAUGUGGACGUGGAAAGUCCAUGACCAAGCACGUCAAUAUGUGACGAGGUCGGAGUGAGAAUGUGUUGGCCUGACAGUCUGCAAUGUAACAUUAAUGGACAAAUGUGCAUCGCCAAUUUACGUCCACUAAAAGUACUUGUUUUUGCCACUGACAGGAUCAGAUUGUCAUUUUAAGUGUCAGUGACAUUAUGGAAAGGAUCCCUACAGAGAUAGGCUUUUUUGUUGAAGAGUAUGAUCGUUUUUGUUUUGCUCUCACCAAACCCACCAGACUCCAUUCAAAUAAACAGUACUUACAUCGUCUUUAAACACACUUCAUUCAGUGUCAACAGAAAUAAAAUAAAAUUCACAAAAGCCGUCUCGGGUCGUCUUUCCACUAUUUUAACAACCACAAACUCUGCUCUGGUUGAAAUAAACCCUUAAUUCUUCAGUUAGUUGUGAAAACAUGUUGGCUCUAUUCACGCUAAAAUUACUGAUUACUAAAAUGGAGUCUGGUGGGUUUGCCAAAAGCACUUUUCAUUUAAACAAAAA